AUGUUUCUAGGCAUCUGUAAUCUAGGACGACUGAAUGGGACAGCUGCUAGAAUGUCGUCAGUUUAUGAGUACGCCGGUGGCCCUCUUUUGGAUGCGAGUAGGGCAUUAGAUGGGGAGUAUAAAAUCCACAGGCGAGGCGACUGUGUUGGAACAAAUACUACAGGGAUACGUCAAAAUGCAUGGUGGAGUAUUACGCUGCCUUUCCUGGCAAGAAUUUACAAAAUCAACAUCAUAUUCAGAGAAAAAUUUAAACGCCAUUAUGGUUACUACAUAUUCAUCAACAACAACCCCGUUGACGUCGAGAAACUGUCUUCACUUCCUGCUGUGUAUCAUGGCAAAAGGUUCCAUCCAAGUACUCAAACCGUAAUGCUAUUUCCAGGGGGAUUCGAAGGAAGGCAGAUGUAUAUCUUUCAGAACAAAUCCAACCCAAAUGAUUCGAAUGUUGAUAAAAAUGGCCAUCGCACAGGAUACUUCAACAAUAUCCUAGAUAUAUGUGAAGUGGAAAUUUGGGGUUGCAUAGAAAAUGGGGAUGAGCAGAGCUGUAAUUGCUCUGAGAAAAUAGUUGACGGAUUUCCUUUCGAUCUACCAGAAACGAAUAUUGCUUUUUCGAAUGAAAUGGACAAUAUCACCCUAAUGUGUCAUUCUAAAUACAUAAUUCUGCAAAAUAGAGGAAAUUUACGGGACAAAUGCAAUUGUCAAGGGACUUGUGAAGAGAGAACUAAAAAUAUUAAUAACGAUUCUAUUUCGUACAAAUGUUACGGAUGUCAGUGUCCAUGCAAGAUGACAAAGACACAAAACUUCAUCAAAGGUCCUAAGUCCUAACUAAGAAUAGAGGAAACGAAGAAUAAUCUACAAGUGAAGAAAUCCGAACUGUCUUUAAACAUUCGACAGAAAAUUUCGGCUCCAGACAAACGGACAUCUGCACAGGGAAUAGGAAUGAUUCUUGGAGUGGGAUUGAUUACAUUUGUUUUCUUACUCAUAAUCUGCAGUGAUCUCCCUUUGUUGUACAUCCAAAUCAGACAUGGACCUCAAUUACAAAGAAUGAAACGGCCAAAUCAAAGGAGAGGACGUUGA